AUGCUUUUACCUGGCUGGUACGAUAAUUUGAAACCCGGAAGUAUCAUUUCAUGGCCUGCCAUGGUACAACACUUUCUGAAGAAGUUCUAUUCCGCCCAAAGAAGAGUCACCGCCAUAGAUUUGGGAAGGUGUACCCAGCGGGUCGGAGAAGAAAUUGGAAAGUUCAUCACCCGCUUCCGAGAUUUCACACUCGAAUGUCACGAGGACAUCCCAGAAGAGCGCUUGGUGGAAAUUUGUAUUCGAGGAAUGGACGUGAUCUUCCGGCUGAAUUUAACAAAUUUCAAGUUUCAAACUUUCAUAGAAGUUGAAGAGGCCGCAUCUCGGAUAUCAGACUGCGCGGAUGCUGGAGCAAGCGGGCACUGCUGGCAAUUACAUUCUGUUAAUGCAGCGUCAAAUGAUCAAGGGGGAGAUAGAGGUAAAGGAGGAAUUGCUGUUUUUGGCCCUUAUCAGGGAGGACAAUCAAGUAGGAGAGGUGGAAGAACAGACGGAGGGAGACCAAAGCCGCCGCCACUACCAUGCAGCAGGGAACAGAUAGUAGGACUUUUGGAGCAAUGGGUAGCUAACAAAAAACAAACUCUGCCACAUGUGGUUACGGAACCGACCGCAGCGGAUAAGAUGCAUGAACGGUACUGCCACUACCACAGAAGAGUCCAUCAUCCGAUUACGGAGUGUUUUUCUCUACGCUAUAUAGUGAAAAUGAAGCGAGCCAGAGGCGAGCUAGAAAUAGGAGAGCAGAGCAUUCAGAAGGAUCCACUCCCUCAGCACCAAGUCAUGAUGAUCUCCCAUGAACCUACAAAAGAGGAAACCUGGAGACCAUGGGAAGAUGAGAAGGAAUGGGAAGCAUACGAGACAACUGAGAUGGCCACCUUCUCAGAUACGACCGGAGUUGCUAGUAAAUUUGCCCAAACAGUUUUAGCCCAGCAAUUCUUUGACUCACUUGGUUUUAGCGGGGACCAAAUCUACGAAGCAUCCAAAGCUAUUGCAGCCAUCGCUUCUGGUAAAGCGUACAAUCCGUUGUCGCGGGAAGUUAUCACCUUCACUGAUAAAGAUAUAUGUUAUCCAGGAGAGCACCUCCGACCCUUAUAUCUCACAGCCCAUAUCAACAAGCAGCCUCUCAAGCGAGCUUUCAUAGACGGUGGAGUGUCCCUCAACAUGAUUUCCUUGCACACAUUGGAACCGUUAGGAGUGCCAAGAACGUCGAUCAAAACACGUGCAACAACUGUAAGAAGGUUUGGCGGACAAACCCAGACGACAAUAGGAAUAGUACAUCUGAUGAUGAAGAUCGUACCCAUCAGAGCGCUAACUCCUUUUUACGUACUCGAGGAUGACACCACGUUCCAUGUCUUACUAGGGCGAGGGUGGAUUCUGAACCACAAAGUGGUGGCAUCUACGUAUCAUCAAUGUGUUAAGACUAAUAUCGGAGGAAGACAAUUCAGGAUCCCAGCCACGAACAAUCUGUUUGGUCCAGAAGAGGCUUACAUGGAAGAUGCAGUCUUCUACACACAGCCGGGCAUAGACCAAGGCGAACAAACAGAGCGUUUUAUCACCCUCCCUAAAUGGGAAGAAUUCCAGCCGGAAGCAGAAGUAAACGGAAAAGUCAAAUCCGUUUUUAGCCCGUCAAGGAUGGGACCCGCCGCGAGGAAUAAGCGAGCUAUAGCCGAAACAAAGAAUAUUCAAUUCAAACGCUUCUCACGACCAGAGGGCGGACACGGACACGUUUAUCGCUUAUAG